AUGAACGAUCUCGCCUGCCCGACGCGGUUCACGGAAGUGAAAUUGGACGAGCCGAGUUCCAGCGAAGCGUCGACAACAGUAACGGAAGUGUCGACCACGGGCAUCGGUGUCGACGGCAGCAGCAACGACACUGCUGUUGACGAGCACCACCCGGAACGUGGCACCUGGAGCAACCCUGUGGAAUUCUUCCUCACGUGCCUGGGUUACACUGUUGGACUGGGCAAUCUCUGGCGAUUCCCUUAUCUGGCGUAUGCCAACGGCGGAGACAUGAACGAUCUCGCCUGCCCGACGCGGUUCACGGAAGUGAAAUUGGACGAGCCGAGUUCCAGCGAAGCGUCGACAACAGUAACGGAAGUGUCGACCACGGGCAUCGGUGUCGACGGCAGCAGCAACGACACUGCUGUUGACGAGCACCACCCGGAACGUGGCACCUGGAGCAACCCUGUGGAAUUCUUCCUCACGUGCCUGGGUUACACUGUUGGACUGGGCAAUCUCUGGCGAUUCCCUUAUCUGGCGUAUGCCAACGGCGGAGGGGCAUUUUUGAUCCCGUAUGUGACGAUGCUGGUGUUCACUGGCCUACCUUUGUACGGACUUGAACUUUGCCUGGGUCAGUACGCGAGUCUGGGCGCCAAUAAACUCUUCGGGAAAAUGCUUCCGCUAUUCCAAGGGUUGGGAUACGCUGUGUUGGUGGUGGCAUUCUACACGAGCAUUUACUACAACGUGAUCAUUGCUUGGACGGUGUUUUAUUUGUUUGCUUCCUUUCAAAGGGAAGUGCCUUGGAAAAAUUGCGAUGGCGAUUUCAAUACUCCAGGAUGCUAUAAUCGCCAAAUGGACGAAAAGUGCCAUUCGAUCAGUAGCAACAUGACUUUUUGGAACGGGACUUGCACGACGGUGGCGGACUUGUGCAAAAAUUCGCUGAACACGUGUUAUCGCGUCGGAGACGAAACGACCACCUGUGCCAAAAGAUUGCAAGCAGCUUGGAACUCCACCCAUUGUCUGAAUGUCACUGCCAAGGACGAGGGAGACACUGAUCCCUAUCUUUUCGUCCCACUCAAAUUUGCGUACGAACGAGUCUCGGCCAGUGAGGAAUAUUUCACGAAUUUCAUGUUGGCCAAGACCGAUAGUUGGGACGAUUUCGGUGGAUUGAAAUGGGACUUGGUUCUCUGCUCCGCCCUGGCUUGGGUGUUGGUCGCAGCAGCUCUCAUCAAAGGAGUCCAGAGCUCUGGAAAAGUUGUUUACUUUACGGCUUUGUUCCCUUACUUUUCAUUCAUCGGUGGAUUGAAAUGGGACUUGGUUCUCUGCUCCGCCCUGGCUUGGGUGUUGGUCGCAGCAGCUCUCAUCAAAGGAGUCCAGAGCUCUGGAAAAGUUGUUUACUUUACGGCUUUGUUCCCUUACGUGGUUCUUCUCAUUUUCGGCAUCAAAGGUGCCACGUUGCCGGGUUCGUUGGAAGGGGUGAAAUAUUUCGUGACACCGAAAUGGGAGCUGCUGAAAAGUCCACGAGUUUGGGUUGAUGCUGCGACGCAAAACUUUUAUUCACUUGGACCUGCAUUUGGGGGAUUGAUCACAUUUUCUUCCUACAACAAAUUCAACCACAACUGCAUGAGGCUUUUGACGUGGGCUCCGUUGUGGGGUGUUCUGUUUUUCUCCAUGCUGAUGGUCUGCGGAUUCGACUCCGAGUUCACCAUGAUUGAAACGCUGGUGACCGCUCUAUUGGACGAGAAGCCGAAGCUAAGGAGGUACAAAGGAUGGGUUGCAUUGGUUGUGAGCAUCAUCGGGUUCCUUCUGGGAUUGUCCAUGUGUACAAGAGGUGGCAUCUACAUGUUCACCCUGUUCGACUAUUAUUCUGCUGGAUGGGCUGUGUUACUGUUGGGAGCUGUGGAAGCGCUCAUCGUAGUAUACGUUUAUGGCUACAAACGUUUCAUGGACAACGUCAAGGAAAUGAUGCCGAGGGUGUUCCCCUUCGAAGGCUACUGGAAAUUCACACUGUCCUUCAGCAGCCCCGUUCUCAUCGUGGGCAUGGUGAUUGCGACUUGGGUUCAGUACGAACAGCCGAGUUACGGAGGAGCUCCUUUCCCGGUCUGGGCUGACGUUCUUGGAUGGCUGAUGGGAAUUUCACCUCUCGUUGUCCUCGUCGGAUUCGGGAUCCGCAAGGUUUUGCAGGCCAAAAAGAAUGGCACGGAUUUGAGAUCCUUGGUGAAGCCGAAACACGACUGGGGUCCGGCACACUUCAGAGAAUCCUUGCAGGGAACUCCAAAACCUGCCCUGACGGAAAAAGUUUCAACGGACAGCACUUGCAGCAGACUUCGGGACUACGUUCGCUCGACACGGAAACUCAGACACACGUUGACAAAUACGACUAUUGUGGAGUGACAUGAUUAAUGCAGCACCAAACACGGAAAGUAUGAGAGUUUUGGUUUUGGAAGACUAUUUAUGAAACUGGGUGGGGUGACCGAGAUUGUCGACUGACGAAGACGUGAUCAUAGGGAUUCAUGAGUCUAUACCUCUUCAUGCGAAAGCAUGCAUUUUACUUUUGUACUGGAAGC